GUCGCACCGUUAUCCCGAUCGCGCGUGUUGCUCGGCUCUCUGCUCGCCCGCUUCUCAGUUCCUCUCCUUUCUCUCUUUCUCUCUUUGUUUCUUUUUUUUUUCCUUCUCAUCAGGAAUAGCAUCACGUUGUUGCGUAGCGUCGCCUUGUAGGUCUUUAUUGUGCUAGCACAGGUGUUAGUGGCUUGUGAUACACGAGAUACGUCGACGUUAUUGUGCUGCUGCAACAUAAGAUCGACGCAAGCAGCGGCGGAUGAGAGCGUCCCGUCGACACAUGCUCGGAUCCUGCGGAGGUGCCCGUCGCGGAGGAUGGUGAGCUCCCGCACGCCCGACGCCAACGUCACGUCCACCGCUGACGGCGGCGCGGCCAACGACGGCGGAGCGGCGUCGUCGCGCGACGACGAGGGCCGCGCGACGAACGACGUCGACCGGGAGUGGAGUCAGAGCGGGCCGGCUUCUCUCUCGAUGCCGACCGAUCUACGCAAUCUCGUCAUCUCGCAUCUCUCGGACUCCGGACGGUACUCGUCGGCGAGCCCGGAUCACCAUCAGGAGACGACGUCCGACGUCGCCACGAUCAAGAUCGGUUGCCACGACGAGGAAGAGAGCUACGAGGCCUUCGGAUCCGUCGAAGGCGACUCCGUCGACGACGGGCCGGACUCACCGGGUGAUAGCAGUUCCGCGCCCUCGCCUACCGGCACCAAUUCUCGCAGAAAUCCGAGAAGUCCGAACUCCACCGUUGGAAGACAUUCCUGGCUGCGCACUUCGCUACGGAGAACGCCUCCUUGUUCGAGUAGAAAGAGACUCAGCUCCAACGCCUUGGCGAGCCAGCUUUAUCGCAGUGGCAGCUUUAACAGCUCGGGAAUGGGCUCGAAUUACGAUGCCACGGAUGACGUAUACAGCGACGUAUCCUUGGAGGACGUGAUGGAUCUCAGUCAUAAAGUUCAAAUGAUUCAGGAGCAAAUGGAUGCCUUAGCGGAUACUAAGUCGGUCGGCGAAGAAAGGUACGCCCGAGCGAAGCAGGAAAAUGCGACGUUACAGGCGCGCAUAUUGAUGCUCGAGGAAGCAGCCAAAGAUGCGGAAACGAGGGCCGAGGAGAGGCUUCAAACCGAGCAACGAAGGCACCGGGAAUGGGCGUGCCGUAUGGAACGCGAGCGACAGUUGCAGCUGGAAAACUAUGCCAUCAAGCUGCAGGCUGCGGAGGUGGAUAGUUCCAGCCUGAGGGAUGAGAUCGCGAGAGUACGCGAGCAACUCGAGAGGGCGAGGGCGGACAAGACGCGACUCGAAAAUGAUCUCCGGGAUGCCAGGAGGGAAGCGGACGCCGCGCGCGAAAGUGAACGUCACGCGAUAAGUCGAGCCAACGAGGCUCAUCAUCAGCUGGACGCUAUGAGAGAGGAACUUUCGUUACGGAACGAGGAUCAACAGAGGCUCGAGGAAUUGGUACAGCAAGUGGUUCAACUUCAAGCUCGAAAUAAAAGCUUGGAAGAAUCUCGAGACGAGUUGCAGGCUGCUGCAGCGUUGCAGGCAGGUCGUGAACUUUUGAUGCUGAAUCCUUGUAACAAUAAUGCUGAGAGAGGCCCUAGUCUCGCUGUGGAACUAUUGGCUGGCAUGAAUCCAGAUCAGGUUGAUAACCAAGGAGAAUUUGAUGAGCUGUGCACGAUGACUGAAUUGAAACAAGCUCUAAAAGAACAACAAGAAGUAAAUACUCAAUUGAGAACGUAUAUCGAUGGGAUAUUAUUAAACAUUGUGGAAAAUUAUCCGCAAUUACUAGAAGUGAAGCAAACACACUGAAAUGUAGCGCAUUAACAUUAUCGUUAAAUUGUAAAUAUUUUGAAAACAAUUGUAUUGUUAUCUUUCUUCACCGAAUCCAAGAUUGGAGCUUGGAUUAGAAGUUGGCUGAUGUGUAAUUAUAUUUUAUACACAAUGUUUUUUAACAUGAAAGAAAUUCUUUGCGCAAAAGCACGCGUCAGAUUCGCAUGCGAGAGAAGUCGAUUUUAAUCGAAGGCUUCCUCAAAGUAAUAAUAUCGGAACAAUGUGAAAAAGAAGAAACUUUGACUUGGACAUUUCUUGUUUUUAAAUGUCUUAACAAUAUUUUCGAUUACGAUGCAACAGUAUAUUUAUUGCAUCCUCUAGAUCGAGAUUCGCUGUGUUCGAUCAUUAUUGCUUUAAGCAGAGUGUGUAGUGAUAUAGGAAAGAGACAAUUUUUGAUUGAUUUUCUUUCUGAAGUAAAUUCUGCGUCACAUUGUCCGUGAAUUUUCGAGCCGAUUUACCACUGCCGUUGUUGCUAAGUUUUAUCGCGCAAAUUUCUUAUUACCAGAGUGGUAAUCUAUCUCAAUUAUACGAAUAAUGUACACUAAAACAAGCAAGAUCGUUAAAGUAUUAAUUAACGAUAAUAUUGUCAAGUGUUACCUAAAUGGAAUCUUUCUAUAUAUUAUAUGUAUAUAAAUUUGACAACGGAGACGCGACUGUUUAUGUGUCGCGAAAACUGUGAUGCGUUAGAGUACCUUAUAAAAAAUUUAGAUCAACAAUACACAUCAUACAGAGUACAAGAUUUUCAUUUAUAAAUGAAAAUCUUGUACUCUAGAUCUUUAUAUCGAAAGUUAGUAAUUGUGAUUAAAUGAUUAUAUUUUGA